AUGGUUGAUAUCGUUGUUGAUUUCUCCGCUAACAAGUUAAGGCAAGGUUAUGGAGAGAAUGCCUUAUAUGUACUUGACAGCUUGGCAGAUUUAGCUCUGAUCCACAUCAAUUUUCAAUGGCAACGAAUGAUACCUCCUCCAACUGAAGACGAAGACGUCGAUAUUGAUAAAGAUGACGAAGACCCAGAAACAGAUAACGAAGAUUCCGAACCAGAUUGGGCCGAUGACGACGACGAUCCGGAAAUUGUUGAUCUAGCUGUUCCAUCUACAACAGAACAGCCUAUCCAAACGAUUCUGCACAGUGAUAUCGACGCCAACUUAUGGAAGACAGAAGUGGAGCGAGUCACACCAAUGCUCAAAGUUGUAAUCCGACAAGAUGCUAAAGAUUGGCGGAUGCAUUUGGAGCAGAUAUCUUCGUUCCAGAAGACUAUAGAGACUUCAAUCAAACAAACAACACCUCAACUGGAAAAGUACUACGUGGAUUUACAACAAUCCUUAGAACGUAUAGAUGGCAGAGAGAAAAGCUUAAACCACCAAAUGAGCAAUGUUCUAGCAAAAUUUCGAGAGGCUCAGGAUAGAAGAGCUGAAAUGAAGGAGAAAUACAAAUCCGCAUCUGGGGGAGUUACUCAAAGAACGGAAACAUUACAAAGGAUAUCGGAUGAUAUUGAACAAUUGAAACAACAAAUAGAAGAGCAAGGAGCUAAAACGAGUGAUGGAGCUCCAAUGGUCAAGAUAAAACAAGCACUUGCGAAAAUGGAAUCAGAUAUAGACCGGAUGAAUGUACAAAUUGGAGUUUUGGAACAAGGUUUACUGAAUGCUCAACUCCGAGAUCGCGUAGCUUUCACGACUGAAGCAUUUUCUUACAUGUAA